AUGCCUCUCGACUUCCCCUGUCUAGACUUGGGCAACCUGGCAGUAUUUCAGCCCUCGCGUUUCCUUUGGGUGGCAUGGCAGCUAAGCACCGGACGGGUGCCACAGCAGCUGAACGAAGUUUGCGAAGAAUGCCGGAGCAUUCUAAAUUUCAGCGUUUUGGCCUUUCACUACCCGGUGGCACAUAGCGCGAUGCUCGGAAUACUGCAACGCCCAAUCUCCUCAGUCUCCAGCCGAUUUCGAAUACUUUCAGACACCAUCCGAAAAGCCAGCAAUUUAUAUUAUACGCAGAAACACGAAUGGAUUAAAUCCGAUGGUAAAUCUGGAACAGUUGGGAUUUCGGAAUACGCUGAACAGAAACUUGGAGAUAUCGUUUACGUGGAGCUCCCCAACCAGGGUGACAUUAUCAAAGCGAAAGAGCAAUGCGGAGUUAUAGAAUCCGUGAAGGCUGUUAGUGAAAUUUACUCUCCAGCUUCCGGAACAGUGACAGAAUUGAACUCAACCUUAGAAUCCAACAGCGGUAUAAUCAAUAAGUCACCACUUGAUAAAGGUUGGUUGUUCAAGAUGACUUUAUCCGAUCCGAGUGAGUUAGAACACCUGAUGACAGAAGAAAAGUACAAGGCAUUCCUCGAAUCGGAGUCCUGAAUACACUCCCUCUCUAUCUAUUGUAUGAUAUUGCUUCUUUGGUUUUUGUUCACUCUGAAUAAAUUCAGUUUGUCCAUUUAGGCAACUGUACAGGAUUCCCGUUUUCCUCUCUAGAAGUCCGAUCUUUUAGUUUUUUUUUCAGUCUUCGGAUAUUUUGAAAACCACUCUGAUUAAUAAAACAAUUAUGUGCCUUCCAU